AUGGUCUUCGCAUCUUCAUCACGGCUAUUGGCGAGCUUUGCUCCUGCCUUUAGCGCACUUCGAACACCCUCCUCUUCCAUCCCCAGCUCCAGCCUCACAAGUGUCUUCUCAGCUCGAACAGCAACACGACACUUCUCAUCAUCACAAACCUUCCAGGCCAGUCCGCGGACCAAGCAUCUCUCACAGCACGGCAACGGCGGCAAGCUCAAAUCGCACUCGGGCACUAAGAAGCGAUGGUCCCCUCUAGGAAGCGGCAGCGGCAAAGCCUACCAACUCACAUUCAAGCGUGGCAUCGCAGGGAAGAGUCAUCUGAACUCACAUAUGGCGAGGGACAGACUCAACAAUCUCGGUGGCACAGCCAUCAAACCACAUACACCCGACUAUCCAUCCGGCAACGACCUUUCAAAAUCGUAUCACACGACCAAUCCCCGCAGUCCACCCCGUCUACGUCUGCACUGCGCACGACCGCAUUUUGAAUUGCAACGGCCUUUCAAAAGCAUCUCGCGGGACUAUGCAUCGCUCCCGAUCCCGAAUAUUCUUGUGUACGUUCACGUCUGCCGCAGCACGCCGCAUCGUGUCGAUAAAGAUACACACGUCCCACAUCGCUGCGGAUCACAACAGCGUUUAGCCACCAUCAAGGUUCAUAGCAACGGUGACAUCCGACAUAGCAACGAGCCUAGUUCUCUGUACACAGCGUCCCAUGUACUUGAUCCUCCGCCGCACAAAUCUAGACAUGACGAUAUAUCCAUGAUCUUGCGAGGCUAUUCCAAGAUAGGUAUACGCAGUGGCCAGCUCUACUCUCGCGGGCUGGUUCGCUUGAUGUCAUCUACAUCUCGAAGUGAAGCACAACCCAUUGAUGCGGCUAACAUCGCCAAUCGCGUUUGA